GAGGUGUAAGAAGAGAGGGCUGCAGGCUCCAGCAAACUGUGUUUCACUCGAAUACCAGAGGAUGACAGGAUACAAAAUCACAGAGGGUGAUGUGGAGGCCGGGCUUCAGGACAGAAUAGAGGUUCUGGUGGAGAAGAAGUCCACCACAUCAUGGUUGUGGAAGAUGCUUGGGGCCCUACUCUUACUGGCCCUUUGCAUUGGAGGGGCCCGGCUCUAUGUUUGGUACCAGUUUGAAAGAUCAGAAUCAAUGCAGUCAGGACACACAGCAGCACCAAUCAUUAUGGAUCCUGAUGUGAAAACAGCUGCCCACUCCACGCUGAAAGAAAUGAGCAAAAAAGCAAAGGCAGCCAUUCAUUUAGUAGGUCAUUACGACGAAGACUACAACAUGAUUGCCGUGGAGUGGAGAGACGCUGUGGGCCAGGCCUUCGCUCAGGGCGGUUUCCGUCUCUACAACAACACAAUCAUCAUCCCAGAAAGCGGCCUGUACUUCGUGUACAGCCAGGUGUCGUUCAGGGUGUCCUGCAGCAAAGACACAGAGGGUGCAUGGCGCUCCAUGCCCCUCAGCCACCGGAUCUGGAGGGCUUCCAACUCCAUUGGACAGAGGGUCUCGCUGAUGAGCGGCGUGAGGUCAGCGUGCCAAAAUGUGCAAGACGACGACAUGAGAUCAGGCCAGGGCUGCUACAGCACCAUCUACCUGGGCGCCGUGUUUCAGCUCAACAAAGGAGACAAACUGGAGACGGAGACCAACCAGCUGUCAGAGCUGGAGACCGAGGAGGGGAAGACUUUCUUCGGCGUGUUCGCACUUUGAGUCAAUGCUGUGAUACUAAAGGACAAUACCUGAACAGGGUUUUAAAAAGAAAUGCACAUUUUUACACUUUUAUUCAGCCUAAAGGUGAUGUAGAAAUGCUGUAUAUCUCAAUGGAGAUGGAACUAAACAGCCAGACAGGCUGAAACUUUAUAAACUGUAACAGUUUGCAACUUUAUCUCUAUUUUAGGCACUUUUUGACUUUAUUUAUGUUGAUCUGUGAUUGUAAGACUAGACUUAUGCUGUGGCAGAUAACAGUGUAUUUAUUCACUAUUCACAACAUGUAUGUAUUUAUUUAUAUUUAUUUGUAUUUAAAUCCGUGGUAUUUGGUUAAAUAUUUAAUUUUAUACUAAUAAAAUUGCAUAAAAAGCAAAAAA